AGGGACACUAAAAGACUCUUCGGAGCAUUUUUCUAAAAAUCUUUUUUCUUCUACAAAGAAAAGAUGGCCGAGAUCACGUACCGUGGCGCCCUUCAGGGUCAUGCCGGAUGGGUCACCUCCAUCGCUACCACCUACGAGCAAUCGAACUUGGUCGUCUCCGGUUCCCGUGACAAGACCGCUGUUGUGUGGGAGCUCACCCCGAAUGACGCCAACUCUCCGGGUAAACAAUUAAGGGAAACUUUUAGAUUUAGAGAUCGUGUUAUAUAGCGAAGCAGAUUUGUCGUUCAUAACGAAAUGCCCAUGCUAUGAUAGCCUGACUUUUGAACAUUCAAUCUUCGCCCUUUAGAUGGCCUCAUCACAAAGUCCAGAUACCUCAACGUCCUAUCACGAAGCGUUCAAUUUUCUUUUCAUCUCAAGCAAACUUACCAUCGCCUAUCAAAUCAGGUUACGCUCGUCGCUGCCUCCACGGUCACAACCAGGCUGUGUGCGAUACCGUUAUCUCCAGUGAUGGUCAGUUCGCCCUUACCGGAUCCAUGGACAGCACCAUGCGUUUGUGGGACUUGAACACCGGACAAUCCGUCCGCAAGUUCAAGGGACACACCAAGGUAUACUAUGAAAUAUAAGGUGUUGUUUACUUACGUCGUGUGCUCUGUGGUAGGUUUUUUCGUUUUUGGUGAUGGCAACUUUCGUUGCAGUAGAGAAUCUAGGGUGAAUUGCACCUGAACAUCCAGAAAGACCAUAUCCAAACAAGAAUCCCAUAUCGUCAAAGUGUCCUCACGAGCAACUCUUAAAUCCUCUCUUUCACAACUUCACCACAGGACGUCAACUCCGUCGCUUUCAGCGCUGACAACCGUCAGAUUGUCUCCGGAUCUCGCGAUAAGAGCAUCAAGUUGUGGAACACCCUUGCCGAGUGCAAGUACACCAUCACCGAAGACAACCACACCGAUUGGGUCUCCUGCGUGCGAUUCAGCCCGUCCGCCAAGAACCCGCUCAUCGUCUCAUGCGGUUGGGACAAGCUCAUCAAGGUCUGGAACCUGAACAACUGCAAGCUGAAGACCAACUUGGCUGGUCACACCGGUACUGAAUAAUGAUAGAAUAUGCUUGCGUGUGGAUAUGCUUAUUUGUCGAAUCUUGAGCUUGAGAAAUCAACUGUGUCGAGAAGAAAUCUUGAGGUUCUGACUUGUAGGACACUACUAGCUCCUUCCUUCAUCUUGUUCUUCUGACCCUUCAUGUCUAGGAGCAACGUAGAUAUCUUUUCACCCUGAGUACACAAAUCUCAAACUUCAAAUCCUCGUAUAUCUCUCAACCACAGGUGUCCUGUACACCAUCACCAUCUCUCCGGAUGGUUCCCUGUGCGGUUCCGGUGGCAAGGACGGUACCGCUAUGUUGUGGGAUGUCAACGACGGAAAGCACCUGUACAGCUUGGAUGCCAACAGCACCAUCAACGCUAUGUGCUUCUCCCCGAAGAACUACUGGCUGUGCGCGGCCACGGACACCUCCAUCAAGAUCUGGGACUUGGAGAACAAGAGCAUCCUCGACGAGCUCACCACCAAGACCAUCCCGAAGAGCGGCAUCCCGUGGUGCGUGUCCCUCCAGUGGUCCGCCGACGGCAACACCCUCUUCGCCGGUUCCACCGACGGCCACAUCUACGUCUACUCCAUCGGACGCUCCUAAGCGACGGCGUUUAUUCCGCAGCCAGCAGGUGCAUCACCGGAGUAGUUCUCUGCAAAGUAGUAGUGUCGCAAGAUGCUGAUUCGCAACGCAGUAGUCUGAGGUGGAGUAGUUCACAGUCGACGUCGAGUCCCAAAGCUGCGGCUCAACACUUAGGAGGUUUUUCAUCUCUGCGAGAAUGCAAGUAGUAGCUUUUGGGACCAGGUGAAGCGAUUUGUCAGGAAGCAACGAGAACGGUGGAGUAGGUCCUCUUUUGACUGCCAGGCGCUCAAUGCUUGGAGGAAGGCUGAAACUGAAGAGAAUUGAAGUUCACUUCUCGUAAACACUUCCAUGACAACAAAAGAACAUCUUCUGAACGUGCUACGGUUUAUCCGAAAGGAAGCAAUAGGCUACUGAUUUGUAGAAGAAAGAGGAUAUCUACAAACUGUCUAAGGCAGGUGAACCUGGUGCUUUGAAGCCAGAGUCAGUAGCUUCUGGUUCGCUCUACGAGGACUUGUAUUCACUCUGUGGUGAGAGACUGUCUCCACUCAAACUCAUCUUGUGCAGAAUUGUGAAAUUGUGCUGGCUUUAGGUGUGAAGAGAUAAGAUGAACCGCGGUGUUGAAGGCGAGAGACACUUUAUACAGAAGUCAUCCCACGAGCAAGUCUGAGGGGAUUGCACAUUCAUCAUCGGUCUAGCUGUUUUCCUUUCCCU